AUGGGCGAGACUCAACAACAAGAACUCACGCAAGAACAGAUAAUGGAGUUCAAAGAGGCGUUUUGUCUGUUCGACAAAGAUGGCGAUGGCUGCAUCACUGCUGAUGAACUUGCCACUGUGAUCCGCUCGUUGGAUCAGAACCCGACCGAACAAGAACUUCAAGAUAUGAUCAGUGAGAUCGACUCCGAUGGCAACGGCACCAUCGAAUUCUCUGAGUUUCUCAACCUCAUGGCCAACAAAAUCCAGGAGACUGAUGUAGAUGAAGAGCUGAAAGAAGCAUUCAAAGUGUUUGACAAAGACCAAAAUGGUUACAUCUCUGCCAGUGAGUUGAGGCAUGUGAUGAUCAAUCUUGGGGAGAAGCUAACAGAUGAAGAGGUUCAUCAGAUGAUAAAGGAGGCAGAUUUGGAUGGUGAUGGUCAAGUCAAUUAUGAUGAGUUUGUGAGGAUGAUGAUGACCAGCGGUUAA